AUGGACUUUACGGUGGAGAGCCAGGUGCAGAUUGAUGACAUCGUUGGUGUGCCCCGAAAUGGUGAUCGGUUCGAUUAUGGGAGUGUUGUGUCUGUGAAGAAGGACACGAUAACAUGUUUACUGAGUCAUGAGCCAUUACUUAAGAAAGAACUUCCGCCAAUCCUCUGCGGUGUUUUCAACGCACCGUCAAAAAACCGAUUGGAAAGAAUCAACGCUCUGGAACGGGCGAGCCGAGACUUGCACCACUACCUCACCACUGUCGGAGACCCCAGUCUUCUCACCCCGCCCGUUCGGAACAUGAUCAGCUUCGUUCAACACCACGUCGCCGUGUGCCUCGCAAUUCGCGCUCGCGACUUGGACAACGACGGAAGUGAACAGAACGAGCUUCAUCUCAAUGAAAUUCGCACAGGGUCGGACCGUCCGUCUCGUAUGGACCGCCGACCGCAACCGCCGUCGGGCAAACACGACACUUCGCAACUGCUCAAGGACAUCGUCGACACAGAACGACAGACAGCGCAACUCCAAACCGAGGCCUUCAUCAAACUAUCCAUGGUAACCACCCAAUCCCAAUUGUCUCCCCGCGGAAAUAUUGCCCCCUUCUCACGAACGAACCCUUCUCACGAACGAACCCUUGUCACGAAAGCCCUUGUCACGCGAGUUAUCUCAGGCUCAGGAACGAAAGUGGAAGAUGGUCAGUAG